AUGAGUAGAGGAUCCAACUGCAGCUGGCCGGGGGCAGAGAUUCCUCUGUCCUCGGAAUUCUUCAGUGUGAUCAGGAAGGACCUAUGGCUGUUCCUCAUUCCCGCUGGCCUGGCCGUCAUCAUGCUCCUGUUGUUCCUGGAGGAGACGGGCUUCUUCUACCGCCAUGUGUCCUCCUCCAGACGCCGGCGUCUCUCCCUGUGGAUCCUGGGCCUGUACCCGGCGUUGGGAAUGACCUCCAUCACCGCUCUGUACGUGCCUCGCUCAUCCUCGCUCUGCAACUUCAUCGCUUCUCUGUAUCACUCCAUAACGUUGUUUAAGUUCAUGGGACUGAUCACUGACUUUUUUGGGGGUAAAGCCCGGAUGCAUGAAGCUCUGGCUGGGCAGCAGGUUGCACCAGACCCCUGUCCCUGCUGCUGCUGCUGCUGUUUGCCCUUCAUCGCCAUUAACAGUUUCAGUGUGGGCUGGAUGACAUUUGCUGUAAUCCAGCUCUCUGUGGUGAGAACCGUCCUGUUCUUCCUCAUGCUGGUUCUCUGGACAGAUGAACAGUAUGACUAUGGAGAUGUGGACUCUGUGAACCCCAAUGUCUACGUCAACGCCAUCAUCGGCGUGUCCACGUUCUUGUCCUUCUAUGGUUACCUGCUCUUCUACAAGGCCACCAAGCGCGCGCUGAAAGGGUUCGGGCUGCGGGCCAAGUUCAUCUGCAUCAUCGUGGUCCUGGUCCUGUGCGGGCUGCAGAGCGGCAUCCUGGAGACCAUGGGAGCGCUGAAGGUCAUCCCCUGCAGCCCCCCGUUCUCCGACCUCAUGAGGUCCCAGCUUAUAUAUCACUAUUCAGUGAUUGUGGAGAUGUUCUGCAUCAGCUUGUUUGCUCGCCACAUCUUCCGAAAGGUGGAACCGAGCUUAGAGGAUCAUGGGGUGGAGCCAGGCUCAGAGGAGGGCCUGGGGGCGGAGCAACUGCCGAGGAAAGGGCAGGAGAUGUGCGUUCAGACGGAGGAGGAGUGGCCUACCGAGAGCCAGACCAGAACCAUAUCUGAGCAGCUGUGGCCAGGGAGUGGAGCUAGUAAUCCUGGAUACAACAGCGACAGCGAGGAGAGCUUGUGCCGAAUUGAGCACGCGCCCCUGGACCGCUUCACGUUCCCCAUGAAGGCCAUAACUUCACCCAGCUCUUCGCAGCCUGCAAGCCCAGAGAGGAGAGACAUCAGCCCUGGGGAGACUCCCUCAGUGACCCUCGGCACUGGGAUGCAGAACAGUGAGACCAGAGAGGCCACCAUUGUCUAA